AUGGAGGAUAUUGCUGAGGUAUGGGGGGAGGUGGAGAGAUUGAAGGAGGGGCAGAGGGAGAUUGAGAUGUGUGGGGUGGAAGGGGAUACGGAGGGAUUGAAGUCGUCGGCAAAGACAUCUCAAAAGCCUUGGGAUGAAGACACGGGACAGAAGGGCUUUCGCGAUUCGAGAGGGGAAGUUGGAAACACUGACGAGGUCAUGCGUCUCUCUCCACCUCUGGGAAGAUCAGCAGGGAGUCACGACACUGUUCACAAAGCGUCACCCUACAACCGGACUAUCCCGGAAAACCCAGUCAGAGGUACGAAGCGGAAGAGACCUCCCAUUGAAGAAGGAAUCGAAAGCGAGGUUCAGUCCACCAAUGAUCAGAGUAGCGCAUGGGAGCGUACCGAAAAGGAAGAGUGUGCAAAGACCACCAGAAGCCGUGGACAUGUAAUCUCCACGCCAACUUCGGAUUCUACGAGCGAUUUUGCAGACUACUUCGAGGAGCAUGGACGGGGAACCGAAUCUUUCCAGGCACCAAGGUCGAAAGAGAGACCAGAUCGACACAGGACAUUUCAAGAUACCCGACGCUCGAUGACCCGUUUGAAGACCGAGCCGCUCCCCUGGGACGAGGAUAUUGGUUGGAAUACAGCGCUCCUAGCAAGCGACAACACAACAUCCUCGAAAUCACCUGAAACUACAACAGUGUUCAAACCAGACACCCCGCCGGCGGAAAAGCCGCUCGUAUCUUCCGCCACUGAUCUGGAUCUCACAUCCGCUCAGUACAUCGACAGCAUGAAGAAGGCUUUGCUGAAGACAGAACAGCUGGAAGUUGACCUCGCGAGUAUUGAGCAAGAAGAGCGGAAGCUUAUAAAAGAGAAGGAGAUUCUUUAUGAGAGGAGGAAGAGGGCUAGGGAGGCGCUGCAAGACAAUCACGCUGCGAUCCAGUAUAUUUCGGCGGGGAUUGUAAGGGGUGGGAGGAUUGAGAAGGCCUCGUAA